AUGGGCGCCGUUUCCACCAACGCCGCCAAAAAAAUCCAAAUCGCGUCCAGGCGCAUCAAAGCUUGGCACGUGAGCUUGACGCGAACACUCAACACUCAACACUUGACGGCAUCGCUCGCUCAUGUCCACCCACAUGCAGCCCCGACAUGUGCACGUGAACUGCUAAUGGUGCGCUUCAGUCUGCAGCGCAUAUCCUGGCGGGGCGUCCCCGGCCACACCACACAGCCAUGCCGCCGUGCAGCGUCCCACUGGGCUGCCCAGCGCAGGCAAAGAGCUGAGGGCCCGGCCUUGGAGACGCUCACUGCGAAAUGGCAGCCUCACUGGGACAAGCUGGAGCCGCAAUGGAACCAACUGCGCAACAACGACAAGGGACGCAUCUAUGUGCUGCCCAUGUUCCCGUACCCGUCCGGCACCAUGCAUCUCGGCCAUCUGCGCGUCUACACCAUUUCUGAUGUCCUGGCACGCUUCAAGCACAUGCAAGGCUACAACGUCCUGCAUCCCAUUGGAUGGGAUGCUUUUGGUCUGCCCGCCGAGAACGCUGCCAUCGAACGGGGGAUCCAUCCUGAAAAAUGGACAUUGCAAAACAUCGAGUCGAUGAAGGCCCAAAUCAAGGUCAUGGGUGGCCGCUGGGACUGGGAUGCUCGCAUCUUCCUCAUGCUUCACCAGCGUGGUCUCGCGUACCAGGCCGAAUCUCUUGUCAACUACGACCCCGUCGACAAGACCGUCCUUGCAAACGAACAAGUGGAUGCCAAUGGCUGCUCAUGGCGCUCUGGUGCCAAGGUCGACAAGCUCAUGCUCAAACAAUGGUUCUUGAAGAUCAAGGAAUACCAGGAGCCUCUAUUAAGCGACCUGGCUGCCCUCGCGCACAAUGGCAGGUGGCCUGAAAAGGUGCUUGCUAUGCAGAGAAACUGGAUUGGCAGAUCCCAGGGCGCUACCAUUGGCUUUGACGUCCACUCAACAGCUACUGGCGAGCGGCACGAUGCAAUUGACGUCUUCACCACAAGGGCAGACACCCUUUUUGGCGUGCAAUAUAUUGCGCUUUCGUGCAAACAUCCCAUAGUCCAGCACGAGGCGCUUGGAGAUGCUAGAUUGCGUACUUUCAUUGACAAUGCCAAGCACCUGUCUCCAGACAGCAAAGAAGGAUAUCUGCUCCAACACACUACAGCAAGGAACCCAAUUGCCGAACGCGUUUCUGGUGUAGAGUCCAAUGUUCCCGUAUAUGUUGCACCCUAUGUCCUCGACGACUAUGGAUCUGGUGCAGUCAUGGGAGUGCCUGGUCAUGACACGCGAGACCAUGCUUUUUGGAGAGCCAACGCUGGCAACAAACCCAUUAGAGUCGUAGUAGGUAUGCAGCCUGGCUCUGCAUCUUCGCCCUUAAUCCCCGAGAGUGACCAUGACAAGCCUGUGACCGACAAAGGUUACAUCGUUGCCGACAUUGACGGGUUCAAUGGCUUGUCUUCUGAUGAAGCAAUGCACAAGGUUGUUGCAGCACUUCAAGAAUCUGGGAAGCGCGCCAGUAUCACCGAAAAUUGGCGUCUGCGGGACUGGCUCAUCAGUCGACAACGCUAUUGGGUCAAGCUGCCAAACCUGCCUGACACUUUCUUUGAUGGCAGGAAGGGCAAUCCGUUGGCUGAAGAUCCGCAUUGGAAGAAAACCGAUUGCCCCAAAUGCGGUGCAGCUGCUGAGCGCGAAACUGAUACCAUGGAUACCUUCAUGGACUCGUCGUGGUACUUUUUCCGAUUCUUGGACCCGAAGAAUGAGAAUGCCCUGCUGGACCCACACAAAGCAAACAAAGGCAUGCCAGUAGACCUCUACGUUGGCGGAGUUGAACACGCUAUCCUGCAUCUCCUUUACGCGCGGUUCAUCUCCAAGUUUCUUGCAUCCACCGCCACAUGGCCGGAGGGCACGCGCGUCAAUGGAGAACCAUUCAGGCAACUCAUCACACAGGGCAUGGUGCAUGGAGAGACAUUUACGAAUCCUGAAAAUGGGCGGUUCCUCAGGCCGGAUGAACUUGACUUGACGGUUCCGUCCGCGCCCUGCAUCAAGGCGAAUGGACUACAACCCCAUCGUAGCUACGAAAAGAUGUCCAAGAGCAAGUACAACGGCGUAGACCCAGGUGCUACAAUUGCCAUGUAUGGCGUGGAUGCGACAAGAGCUCAUAUGCUCUUUCAAGCACCAGUCGGCGAUGUCCUCGAGUGGGAUGCGAAAAAGAUCACAGGUGUUCAGCGCUGGCUCCAGCGGAUCCUUCGGCUUUCUACUAUUUCCUGGGUACCCGAAGACAAUCUCUCACGCUUCGAGAUUCCGGAGCAUGCAGACAUGACGCUCUAUGAAAUCUUGAAAACUCUUGCACAGAGAGAGGUACUAGAACCAUCCCGCUCAAGCAACAAGCCUACUGGAAGUCAAGCGGGACGUGAAAUGCUCGCUCUGCUUACAGCGGAAGACAGAAAGCUGUGGAUCAAGACCCAGCAAAUCAUUGCGAGUGUCAAACUAUCAUACUCAGAGACAUACUCUCUGAAUACGAUCGUCAGCGACUUGAUGACGCUGACAAACACUAUACAUGACUCUCCUCAAUGCUCUGCCGUAUCAUCCUACCUAAAGUGGCACUCAAUGGCUCACCUUAUUCGCAUGACUGCUCCCAUUGCCCCUGGUGUGGCAGAAGAAGCAUGGCAUUUGCUCAAUGGAUCUUCUGGCCCCAGGACGGCCGACGACCCGAGAGUCUCUCGACUGACUACUGUAUUUGCCGCUGGGUUUCCACUUGCCGAUUUCGAUAUCAUUCCUCGUCUUACUCGAACGACAAAGUGUGUCGUACAAAUUGACGGCAAGCGCAAAUUUGAUGUGGAGAUUGAAAAGGGUUUCGACGGACAGGUCUCGAAAGACUGUGAUUCCAAGUCCCGAUGGGUUCUAGAGCAAAUAAUUCGCAGUGACCAAGGCCAAGAAUGGCUUCACAAGAAGACAGGCAAAAUUUGGGGCCUCAGCGCCACAAAGGAGCCCCACGCCAGAUUCGAGUUUGUGCCAAGCGACUGGAAUGUCAUUAUCGUCAACGAUGGAAAGCUUUGCAAUCUCGUCAGUCCAAAGAAGAAGAAAACACACAAGUGUGAACAUGUUCAUGGGGUUCGAGAUCGCAAUGAGUCAGCUGCUGUAAGUCCUGGUGUACAUGAGCUGGGAGAAACAGCACUGAAUCAAGACAGUGAUGAAAGAAAAACGGUCGCCAGCAACAAGAACAUGGCCAGAGGUUUGGAAGAGGACAAUAGACCCUCAAAGGAAAAAGCAGCCAGCUCGCAAAAGCUGAAAGAUGUAACGGGCGCUGAGCAAUCUGAGAGAUUCACAGCUCCAGAAACUACUAUCAAGAACAAUGCGCUACUCUUAUCAUCCAUGGCGGCAAGUGUCCUGCCUGUGCAAGAGGUUCACGAUCGUGUCAAUGCGCUCAUGGCAACCUUGCCCAACUACCUCAGGCCCCACUACGUUCCGCCGCAAGUCCUGUCUAACAACUAA